AUGAUAGUUUUACAGUGGAAUAAUCUCACUGGAAAAAUCCCGACAGACCUUGCUAAUAACAAUCUUACUGGAAAAAUUCCACUUUCCCUAGGCAACCUUUCAUCACUCACAAUAUUUUCUUUCCAUGAAAAUAAUUUAGAGGGAAGUAUUCCUAAUCAAAUGAGUCAAAUAAAAAGUCUGAAGAUUUUCACUGCUGGAGGUAACAGGCUUUCAGGUAACGUCUUUCCAUCUCUUUUCAACAUCACAUCUUUGAGUUUUCUGGGAGUUGAUUCUAACCAACUUCGUGGGAAUCUAACUAAUAACAUUUUCUUCUUUCUCCCAAAUCUUCAAACCUUUGCAAUUGGUAUAAACUAUUUAUCUGGCCUAAUCUCAGAUUCAUUGUCCAAUGCAUCUCAACUUCAAGUAUUUGAUUUCUCUAGCAACAAGUUUGUUGGACAAGUUCCCACUGAUCUUGAAAAUCUGAAAAGUCUCUCAUGGUUGAACUUUGAGACAAAUAAUCUUGAAAGUAAUUCAUCAAAUGACUUGGUUUUCUUGACAUCUUUGAUAAAUUGCAGUCAUUUAGAAAUGUUAUCUUUUUCCAUGGAUCAUUUUGGAGGUGUUAUACCAAACUCAAUCACCAAUUUGUCAACUAGGCUCAAUUAUUUGUAUUUGGGAGAAAAUGAAAUCACAGGAACUGUUCCUGUAGGGCUGGAGAAUCUUAUCAACUUAAUUGGAAAGGUACCAAAAAGAGGAGUAUUUGCUAAUGUCAGUGCAUUGUCACUAAUUGGGAAUAACAAGCUUUGCGGUGGUGUCCCAGAACUUGGUUUGCCAAAAUGCCCAACUAGAAUCACGAAGAAAGUGAACUCCCAUACUCUUAUGCUAGCAAUUGCAAUUGCUUGUGGGGUUCCAUCUGUGGUUUUGAUUCUGAUGCUUUUUCUUAUUUGCUGGAUGAAAAAGUUAAGAAGCAACUCUUCUUUUGCAUCCUUAGCAAUGAACCACCUUCUAAAUGUAUCAUACAAAGAUCUUUAUCAGGCAACAAAUGGAUUCUCUUCUUGCAAUUUAAUCGGCUCAGGUUUCUUUAGCUCUGUGUAUAAAGGAUUUCUACCUCAAGUUGAAAGACAAGUAGCUAUUAAGGUACUCAACCUUGAGCAAACGGGUGCUAUUAAGGAGAUUAUUCAUUCAAUGCGGAAUCAUUCAGGGCGGGAUGGAUGGAUGGUACUUAAAAUUGACCUUGAGAAGGCGUAUGAUCAGUUGCGAUGA